AUGGUUCAAGAAAAUGAAAGUGUAUCUGAAAGUAAUCCAAAUAUAAAUGAUUUAAGUGAAGUCACCAGCAAGCCUUAUAGAUUGACAAUAGAAAUGCCACUUUUUUUUACAAUAUUGUCUGUAUCACUCUCUGGUGUAGCAAUAAGCAAUAUAUUAUUAUAUCGAACUUGUUUGCACUCAUGUAGUCAUAAUGAAACUGAGUGUCAAGUAUUUUUAUCCCCCGUAAAGAAUAAUGGAUCUCAGGAAUUAGAGGAAGAAGUACAGAAGUAUGCAGCCUUUGUAUCUAUGGUUAGAACAAUAAUAGAGUCCCUGGCUCCAGCUCUAUUAUCUUUGUUUCUUGGGGUAUGGUCUGACACAUAUGGGAGAAAACCAUUAGUUGUUUGGCCCUUACUAGGUAUGUCGAUUAGUAGCGGAUUGACUGUCAUAUACAGUAUGAUGGACAAUCUCGGGCCGUGGUGGUUCAUAGCCACAGUUAUUCCUAUGUCACUAUCUGGAGGAUUCACAGGAUUAUUCACUGGCGCAUUUUGUUAUUUGAGCGAUGUCACAUCUAAAGAAAAUCGGUCACUUAGGAUGACAAUAGUCGAGGCAUCUGUUUCCGCAGGCAGUGUUAUAGGUUCCCUAGCAAGCUCGUACCUACUAAGAGUAGUGGGAAAUGUGUAUUUACUAUUGAUUACGGCCUUCCUCUGCGCAAUUGCCUAUGUAUUCACGAAUUGCUGCCUCGACGAAUCAUUGCCGGGUGCUCAAAAGGGUGGCAUUAAAUCUUUAUUGGACUUCAAGUUAAUAAAGGAAAUGAUAGCUGAAUGUUUUAAAAAGCGUCCAAAUUACACCAGAGCACAAAUAUUGCUACUCACAGUUGCAAAUAGUUUGUCUAUCUUUAUAAUGUAUGGAACUAUGAGCCUGGGCUAUUUGUACACGCGACAGAAAUUGCACUGGGCUAUAAAACAGUAUACAAUAUAUUCGGCGGCGCAUACGACUAUUGCCUUCUUUGGAUCCUUCUUUGGUGUUGUUUUCAUACAAAAGAUAUUCAAAGUGUCGGACUUGACGUUUUCGAUGAUCGCCUUUAUAUCGACAGCAGCUGAAUAUAUUAUUAAAGCUUUUGCAUUCACGACGUGGCAUAUGUAUCUAGCUGCCGGAAUAUCAUUGUUCCGGGAUUUAUCAUCGCCACUUAUCCGUUCUAUGAUUACAAAGAUACUGCCAGCCCAGGAUAUUGCUAAGGUGUUUGCGUUGAUGUGCGCUAUAGAGGGAGUGGCACCGCUUAUAUCACCAGCUGUGUAUAAUUCGUUAUACGCAUAUACUAUAUCAACCUUCCCUGGAGCCUUUUAUUUAUUGUGCUCAGCUAUUACUGGAAUCUGUGUGACAUUUUUGGGAAUCGUGCAAUACUUAAGGUGGAAGUCGACAACUAUAACGUAUCAAAACCUGACAAACGAGUAA